GGCAGUGCUUUGACAAUCCUCCAAGAGCCAGCAGGAACACAGGCUACCCAGACACUGGAGGUGGAUGAGCUGCGGAGACAUGAAACACUCCCAGUCCCAGAGAGGCAUGCUAACUAUUACUGCGGCUUAUUGACUUGGAGUUUUAAAGUCCUGAUCCUCAAUCUGUGAAUAUGAAUCCACAUUGUGCGCGAUGUGGGAAAAUUGUCUACGCCACAGAGAAAGUCAACUGCCUGGAUAAGUUUUGGCACAAAGGGUGCUUCCACUGUGAAGUCUGCAGGAUGACUCUCAACAUGAACAACUACAAAGGCUACGAGAAGAAGCCAUACUGUAACUCGCACUAUCCAAAGCAGUCAUUCACCAUUGUCGCAGACACUCCGGAGAACCUUCGUCUGAGACAGCAAAGCGAGCUUCAGAGCCAGGUGAAGUACAAGAAAGACUUUGAGGCGAGUAAAGGACGAGGCUUCAAAUUUGUGCUGGACACUCCUGAGCUGCAGCGUCUACGACGAGCCCAGGAUCAGAUCAGUAACGUAAAAUACCACAAGGACUUCGAGGUCACUGGGUCACCAGGGGUCACACAGGGUGUUUACGAGCCAUACCCCGUGCGUGGCCAGCUGCGUCGAAACGGACAAACAGAACACCAGGGUGUGCACCAGUACAUUGUAGAAGAUCGGGGACCGGGUGUCAUUGUGGCUCCUGUGCUGCCAGGCGCCUGUUACACCAGCGGACACGUUGGGGCGAAUUGCUACAUGCACCAGACCAACAUGCAUUCCCUACGGCCUCUCCAGGGCGGUCCUCGGUCCGGCGUUGCGAGCGUGUACAGGGCCCUCUACGACUACGCGAGCCAGGACACGGAUGAGGUGUCAUUCCGGGACGGUGACAUCAUCCAAAACGUCCAGCCCAUCGACGGGGGCUGGGUGUACGGCACGGUGCGGAGGACCGGGCGGUCCGGGAUGCUUCCCGGCAAUUACAUCGAGGGUCUUCGCUAGGGCGUAGUCAGGUCGAACAUGCACCGCUGCAUUUACGCAGCACCUUGUUGUCUCACGAUUACGUUAACCCGAGUCUGGUGUUUUUUAUAUUCUAUAUGAACCUGCAACCACUACCAGGGCACUUUUAGGCUUUCGAUUUUUCCAGAACUAGCCUUUGGGAUAUAUAUAUUUUUUUUAAAAGACACCGCGCAAACAUUGCUAACGGUGGGGGUUUGAAUGACCAACCCGAUGCCAUCACGCAACUGCGGAAACACUACUCACAGGUAACGUAGAUGUGUGAAUACGCCCACGUUCCUAGAGAGCUGUACGGUCCCAGUACACAAGCGGUAUGGUUAAGGAACACGCCGAUAAGACGCACCGCGACACCUGAUACUCAGGGUGGGAUUCGACCUUUACCGCGGAAGCGUUACAAAACUGAACAAUUGAAAUGUAAAUGAUAUUUGAGGCAGCGCCGUUAAGUCAGUGUUUACCGUUAAGUCAGUGUCCGAAUACUAGGGAACAUUGCCUUUUUUUAAUAUCUCGGUUAACUUCAGACACGACAGAUUAAACCCAGAUCAUAGUCCUUAAACAGUGAAGAUCUGCAUCAGAAUGUGAAAGACGUAACAGCGCCUGAGGUUUUAUAGAACCGUGAAUGUAACUGUCAUUUUGUGCUGAUAUAAUGUAUGUUCUAUUGUGUGCACUACAAAUAAUGUAAUAGCAAUUUAUUUGUUUACAAAGCCUGCAGAUGUGAAGUUGCUGUAAAUGUCACAGAAAUACAUCAUUCUUAGUCCA